GUAGCCAAGCUAGAGGUCUCGUCACUGUCUAAGGAUCAUAAGGAAACGACUGGUUGCACAUCAUCACCCCACAUCAAACAGUAGAGGAAGCCCUGUUUGUCGUGCUGUCUGUGUGUGAGAUACACACAGACGAUAUGCAGUCAGUGCUGCAAGAUGAUGCACCUCUGUUGGUUCACACUGUUGCUCUGUCUUUCUGCCAGUGCAGAGUCCAACGCAGUGUGGCGAGUGUCCGGCGAGAGCGUCACCUUGAAGUGUUCCUUCGCAGGAUGUUCCAGCAUCACUAAAGGGUAUGAUGGGAUGUAUCUGUAUCAGGAUGCUGAGGAGAGGACAAAGGUGUUUUACUAUCACCCCAAUCCAGGAUCAACUGACAAAAUCACCCUGGGGACUAGAUACACAGACCGGAUUCAGACCAACGGAUUUCUGAAGUACCACACCAUCACCAUCAGCAACCUGACUGUGGAUGACUCCGGUUUCUACAAAUGUGUCUUCAUAAAGUUUCCAGAUGUGGAAGACGAAUGCAGCGUCUACACACUUUUUAUAAGAGGAGAGGCACCAUGUUCCGAAUCAGCAGUGGUGGCUCUUGCCCUUACCAACGAGAAAAGUCCACCUCUGGUGUUAAUCCUCAUCGCCGCCUGCACCAUCACCCUGCUGGUCACCAUGAUCUUCAUCCUGCUGAUCGUCCCCAGGGUGAAACGAUGGAGGAGCAGCAGCAGAAGAACAACAAGUGGCCCGCAGGUCCCUACUGAUAAUGUGUAUGAAGAUAUGAACAAAAACGGCUUCCGCCCUGCUCGAGAGCAGCCGUCGUCCAGCCCGAAUGAUGCUUAACAUCAAAUAUUAUUGGCUUGGUGGCCAUCUUCUUCUUCUUGAGAGUCACUUUUUGACUGUGUUUAACAGCUAAACCCUCGGUUGUUAAAUCAGCUAAAAGCAUUGCUGUGAAAGCAUCAACACAUUCAAAUCAUUAGUAUUGAUUAACAAUAUUUAAAAUGUAUGUACGUUUGGUGCUUUUUUGCUACAAGUACUAGAAUAAAUGCUUUGAAAAUAUUUUCCGUGGUCUCAUACAUUAUGAAAAAUGGUUUAUUAACUUAAAUAAUUAAUCCAAAAAUUACGAAGACUGUAUUGUAAUUGUAUUUGCCCCCACUUAUUAUAGAGUCUAUAAUAAUUACAAAUAGGAAACAAACAACUGAGCGAGUGACUAUAUGAUGAAUAGGUAAGAGAUGCUGAAGGAAAUAUGAUUAAUAAGACACUGGGGGGUCUGAACGGUCAGAUUAUUGAUUUGUUUGAGUUGUUUUGUUGCCACCUGGCAAAUGUAGCUUUUGAAAAAACAAAAAUGUAGGGCAGAUAUUUUUUAAAGUUGCAUGAGAAGGCUGUGAAAAAGCACAUGUGGUACAAACCACCGACUUAACAAGGGGGAUGGGGGAGAUGUGUGUGUGGGUGGGUGGGUGGUUUGCAUGUCUACAGUUAGUGUAGAGCUCUCACACAAUAUAUGAAUACAAGUAUAAUCUAUAUAUUCAUAAUGGAGUUAAUUUGGCACAAAUAUGAAACAUAAAAACUAAAUUAUAGUUAUUGUAAAUCGAUUUUAAUGUUAAGAAUUGUAAUUGUGUAUCACUAUUAAGGGAAUGAAUAAUAUAUUUUCAUUUAUUGUGAUAAUGUUUGUUUCUAGUUCUGUUUUUUUUUUUGCUUUUAUUUUUUUCUUGUGUAUAUGAUGUGUAUACACGUACUGUAUAUGACACAACAUUUGUGCUGUAGAAUCAAACGUCAUGCUGAUUUUAUUAAAGUGGUUUCUAAACUAUAUCAGAUGUUAUACUUUGACAACAAAGCGUGCGAAUGGAUUUGCGAACAAAUGUAGAAUAUUCAA